AUGUCGUGGCGGGGAUAUCCGAACAGCGUGAAUGGCAGCGGGGGCGGCGGCGGCGGCGGAUGGAACGGAUCGGCUACUCCCCCACCUUCCUUUGAUCCAUCUGCACGUCCGCCUAAUACGUCUGCGCCGGUGUGCUAUAGUUUCCUCUCCCCCGCCGGAUGCCGAUUCGGCCACCGCUGCCGUUUCUCCCACUCCGCGCCUCCCCAGUCCCACUCCGCGCCUCCCCAGUCCCACUCCGCGCCUCCCCAGUCCCACUCCCUGCUUCCCCAACCCCUCUCCACGCAUCCCCCUGCCCACACCGCGCUUCCCCAAUUCCGCUACGCGUUUCCCCCUACUCACCCCACUCCCCUCCCCUCCCCGUUUCUUGGCUCGGGAGAGGAGCAGGAGGGGGAGGAAAGGGAGGAGAGUGGGGGAGAGGAAGAGGGGAAGGAAGGGGAGGAGGACAAAGGGGGCAGGGUGUAUGGAGAGAAAGAGAAGGAGGGGGGAGAUGGGGAGGAGGACGAGGGGGAGAAAGAGGGAGAGGAGGAUGGGGGGGAGGAGGGGGAGGAAGACAGGGAGGAAGAGAGGGAGGAAGAGAAGGGAACCAAGGCGGUUGGGGUUCUGGCAGGGACAGAGGAGGAGGGGAGGGGGAGAAUGGGGGAUGGAGAAAAGAGGCUGGGAGAGGAAAGUGGGGAGGAGGGGGUGGGAGGGGAGAGGAGGAGAAGAGGCAAUGGAUCAGGUGCGGGGAGGGUGAGGGAGGGGCGGGGGAGGGGAACGCGCGCACAGGCGGAUGUAUUAGUGCAGGGGCGCAUGCAGACGCGCAUGCAGACGCACAUGCAGGCAUGCAUGCAGAGAGAAACACGGAUGCGCAUACCGACACUCAUGCUGAGGCUCAUAGAGGCGCGCAUAGAGAGGGGCAUGCAGGGGGCGAGCGUGUGA